CCAACGGGGGACUUGUUGCGUGGCAAGAAACCAGGUCCUCCCUUCAGACGGAGACGUGUCCUGUGAGUCCAAGGGGUUCGUGCUCUGUGUGCCGCCUUUGCUAUGCCGGGUCCCAAUCCUAGCGCCACCAAUGUGGGUGCUUCCAGCCGUUCCCCUAGCAAAGCAGUAGCCCCACGUGCGACAGGAUCCACAGUGCGACAGAGGAAAAAUGCAAGCUGUGGAACAAGGAAUGCAGGUCGUUCAACAUCUGCUGGUACUGGAGGAAUGUGGAGAUUUUACACAGAGGAUUCCCCUGGUCUCAAAGUAGGCCCUGUUCCAGUUCUUGUUAUGAGUCUUCUUUUUAUUGCAUCUGUUUUUAUGUUGCACAUUUGGGGGAAAUACACUCGCUCAUAAUGUUGUAUCAGCCAAUUUUAAAAUCACAUUUUGGACCAAAUGAACAUACCUAUCAGAUUUUACUUAAAGAAAAAUGAAUUGGGUAUUGUAGAUGGAACUAUUGCAGGACAGUUAUUUCUCUGCUUUUAAACUCUUUGUUAAAUAGGAGUUUUGAUUUUUUUUGUUAAAGAUGCUGUUUGUAUCUACACAAUUACACAAAUUGCAUUAAAUAUCAUUAAAAUAACA